UCCAUAUCCACAUCUGCACUUGUAUCCACAUACACAUCUGCACCUGCAUCCACAUCAGCACCUGCAUCCACAUUCACAUCUGCACCUGCAUCCACAUCUGCACCUGCAUCCAUAUACACAUCCGCACCUACAUCCACAUCAGCACAUACAUCCACAUCAACACCUGCAUCCACAUACACAUCUGCACCUGCACCCAUAUCUACAUCAGCACCUGCAUUCACAUCUGCACCUGCAUCCACAUCUGCACCUGCAUCCAUAUACACAUCCGCACCUACAUCCACAUCAGCACAUACAUCCACAUCAACACCUGCAUCCACAUACACAUCUGCACCUGCAUCCACAUCAGCACCUGCAUCCACAUUCACAUCUGCACCUGCAUCCACAUCUGCACCUGCAUCCAUAUACACAUCCGCACCUACAUCCACAUCAGCACAUACAUCCACAUCAACACCUGCAUCCACAUACACAUCUGCACCUGCACCCAUAUCUACAUCA